AAGUGCAACGGUAUUAAUGCGCCACGGAGGGGAAAAACACAGCUGCGUGUGGAGCACGCUAGAUUACAUCUCUGUGUUUGUACAGGACGUUUAUAUAUCUAUAAUAUUUCCUGGUUCUUUUAGCAACCAUGAAGUUUCAAUACAAAGAAGAGCAUCCUUUUGAGAAGAGACGAUCAGAGGGAGAGAAAAUUAGGAAGAAGUAUCCAGACAGGGUUCCCGUCAUUGUGGAAAAAGCCCCUAAAGCUAGAAUAGGUGACCUAGACAAGAAGAAAUACCUCGUCCCCUCUGACUUAACAGUGGGCCAGUUUUACUUUCUCAUUCGAAAACGAAUCCACCUAAGAGCCGAGGAUGCGCUCUUCUUCUUCGUAAACAACGUCAUUCCCCCAACCUCUGCCACAAUGGGUCAGCUAUACCAGGAACACCAUGAAGAAGACUUCUUCCUUUACAUCGCCUACAGUGAUGAGAGCGUGUAUGGAGAAUAAAGCCAAAGGGAAAUAAACUGCACUCCUUUCUUCCUUUUGAAACAAUAUAUAGACAUGUUGGCAGCCUAAAGUUUUCAGAACUGAAGUAUCAGAUGCAGUUCUGCUUUCAUUGUAUCGUACAUCUAUGUCUGGGAUUCCAUUUUGGUGUGUAAUACAAAUGAUAAAAAUAUAUUAGGUCAUCACACAAUGGUAUCAGAAUACAUUGACAAUUUAAUUUAGCCAUUAAUAAUGAUAAAUGCACGGUAGUUUCCCCAUUUGAAAAAUGUCCAUUGGAUAUGCAGUGGUUUUCAUGUAUAAUGCACAGACCAUUCCGGGUAAUCUUAUUUCAUAUAUUUCUGACUGUAAAAUUAUUUUUUGUUCAUUCUUGAGGACUUGUAACUAGCAUGUACAGUCAAAUACUAGCUGGCCAGUCCGCUGAAAAAUCAAGAUGUGUGUUCUGUUUUCAACAAAUUCUAAUAUGCUGUUACGUUGAAUUAAUUUUCUGAUUGUAUUUAGAGAUUAGGUUGUUUGAUUUUUGUUUAAGUUGUUGAUCUCAAGUGCAAGUUUUAUUUGCAGUUUUUUUUAAAUCUUGUUAUAUCCUCCUUUGUUUCUGGUACCCUUGAUGCAGAUCAUAUAAACCAGACAUACACCAA